UGACCGACGAGCGAUAGAGCUACUGGAAGGAGAGCCAAUACAGCAUACCCAGACCAGCAACAUCAGUGCCGGAACACAGACUUGGAGAACUCUUUGAUUUUGCGAGAAGGGAGAGUUUGCGGAGCGUGGAAGAACGGACGCGUGCGGGGACAUUCAUAGAAUUUUGAACAGCUGCAACAAUGGUUGAGUUUUCCCCACUACCUGUGCUCUUCGUUUCCAGCGUGCUCUACACGAUCUCAGCGUUCGAUGCCGAGGGCGGCGAUGGCAACGGGACCAAGGCCUGGGCUAUCUUCUGCGGCCUCAUCUCCUCCUUCAUCAGCGGAAUCCUGGCAUUCUUGCAGGCACGGGGUAAGGGAGACAUGGUCCACAAGUUCCAGAAGUUCAUCGCUCUCUUUUUCUUCCUCUGGUGGACUCUCGGGGCCGGCAUCGGGACGUUCAAGGGGCCCUUUACGAUCUCAGGAAACGGUUACUUCGCGGGCUGGAUCGCCUUCGCGGCCUCCCUCAAGUACGCCUACGGCACCAACGACGCCGUCAGGGGCUUCGCCGACCGCGCCGCUGAUGCAAUGAAGGAGCACCAACCGACGGACCCGGACGCAGGCUUCGACCCGCAAGACCAGGCGGAGGCAUACGCCUAAGUCUAAAGCAGCAGCAGCUGCGAGACGGCGGAGUGUUACCUUAGUGUUGGAAGUAGCUAUGAUGAGAAAAACGGACAACGGCCAGCGUCGAAACGACGACAUGAGAAGCAGAGAGACAUGGCGACAGAUCGACAACCUGGAGCGAGCUCGUUGGGGAGGAACAGCUGAGAGUUAGUCGUGAAGCGGGCAGCUUUUCGGUGUGCAAUAAGCUGACGCGUGGGGCGGGAUGAUGGAUUGAUGUUGCGCGCAAAAACAAGCAGAUGUCGCCCGCGAGCCACACCAGGAGCUUCCGCGCACCAGUCAGGAAGACAAGCGUGGGGCUGAGGCCCACAAGCACGUGGUGUACGGCCGUUGUUGUUGUCGUCGUUUUUCUCGUUGUUGCUGUUGGUUUUUUGUUUCAUGGGUUUGAUUUAAUGUAGUAUAUCGAGGCAUCCAGUGCGGUGUGGUGAAUACAUACGCAUACGUCGAGGGGACGUCAAGAGCUUUGGCUCGCAGGUGGGCAAGUUUUCAAGGCCCAAGCACCGCUCGAAAAGCAAGGUGAUAGGUAUAGGGGAUAGGCAGCAGCAGCAUAGCAGUGAUAGCACUUGGGAGUAGAUGGGUGGCACGCGGAGGACGUGGAAGGGGAGGAAAUGAGCGGCCGUCCCUUGCGGAAUCAUAACAGGUGCGGUGGGAUUAAUGCCGCUCGGAACGUGUAGUUUAUGGUCAAUUCUUUUAAUCUUGGAAGCAGCUGGUGGCUUUUUCGAUUAAACAAUUUAUCCAUU